GACACGAAGGCUUGUUCAAUAAAUUGAAUUAGCCCAAACGCCAAGUGUCUCAAAGUCUUCAUUCAUUCCUGCCCAAUGGAAGCCGGACUUCUCCCGGGUGACCUCCGACUUGGAACCACAGGCGAAAAAUUCCACCUCAGUGGGUUAGUCAAAAUGUAUGAUUUACAGUGCUCUGGAUGAUUAAAUAGCUGUAAAAUGGAUGGUAGACAGUGUUACACCCGAACGAUUCCAUGAAGUAGUUCAUGAACUCUUUGAUAUUGUUUGAGGACGUGAACUGAACUCAUAGUUCAUUUCUGCCUGAUGUAUGUUGAAAACACGCUCAUUCUGACUUCUGUGACGGUUUUCUACGUAGAUUACAGAUGCACCGCAGAUCGUACAUUUUGAUCUAGUUUAUUUGCCGUAGUUGGCGAUCAAAGAUGGUCGACGUGGUGCACAUGCGCACCGCAGAUCGUGCAGGUGCCUGUUACAGGACGCUAGCUUGUUUAGUCGGGUGUUGGUCUUGGAAUUCCCCACAAACUUCACAAAUGGAGAAAACCUUUAGUGAGUGGAAGAAACGGUGUCUGAACAAAGUUGACCUGAGUAAAAAGGGUAAUGUGGAUGAAGAUAUUGUGCACUUAGUGCAUUUGCUCAAUAGCUACGAGGAGUAUUUCACUACAAGUUCCUGCUCCGGACGAAUUACAGUAAUUGACACGGCUCCCGAAAGCUGUGUUGUGCAGAAGAAAAACCUUGUCUGGCUGUUUGUUUCACAUACGAAAUGCACAUUUGAUGACGUGAUGUCUGCUCUGGUCAGCGCUUGUGGAAAUGCUGUGCUGAAGUUUGAGCCAUUUGUGCUCCAUGUUCAGUGUAGGACACUGGGGGAUGCACAGUUAAUGGUGAGAAAAUUGGUUGUUGCAAAACGUUUUACCGUAAUUUCUCGUGUAUAAUACGCACCCCCAGAGUUGACCUCAACAUCCUGGAAAACCCUUCUACCAAUGUAUAAUGCAUUUUAUAAUGCAUGAUUUUGCUUCUACCCAUAUGAUCAAAACAUUAAGUAUUAUCUGUAUUUUGUUAGUUUUUUCCAAAUAAUUAUUCUGAAGUUAAGCACUUUAUUGGAACACGCAAUACUUUUUUAUUUACUUGCUGUUAUUUUGAAAUUCACAGCCCUACUUUUAUUUUGUAAAUGAGAAAACACACAUUUGUGCUCACGUUUGAUUACCCAGGCAGAAUUUGUAAAUGUGUACAAUUCUUUAAAGAAAACAUGAAGGACCAGGUAAAACACAUUUAAUUUGAUUUUAACGGGAUUGAAAUUAAACUGUCCAGCAUCUCAGAAAAAAAACAAAACCAAACAUAACCAUAAAGAAAUUAAUGAUGGUUGUUGUUCGGGCAUCAGUUGUAUUAAAAAAAUUAAAUAAAAUUAAAUAAAAAAAUAAAUACCAAAUAUAUAUUUCCCCCCCAAAAUUUUGCCUGGGUAGCACAAAUGUACAUAUAUGCAGUCAUAUGUACCCCUGUCAUAUUGGAAUGUGUCUUUCUUGGAGGUGAAAAGAGUAUCAGAUCGAGUGAUGAGGAUGAAACUUGAAAUUGAGGGUCUUAUGUGUAAUGUGAUUAGUGGCUAUGCCCCACAGGUAGGAUGUGACCUAGAGGUGAAAGAGAAAUUCUGGAAGGAGCUAGACGAAGUAGUUCUGAGCAUCCCAGACAGAGAGAGAGUCGUAAUUGGUGCAGAUUGUAAUGGACAUGUUGGUGAAGGUAAUGGGGUGAUGAAGAAGUGAUGGGUAAGUACGGCAUCUAGGAAAGGAACUUGGAAGGACAGAUGGUGGUAGACUUUGCAACAAGGAUGCAAAUGGCUGUAGUGAACACUUUUUUCCAGAAGAGGCACGAACAUAGGGUGACCUACAAGAGCGGAGGUAGAAGCACGCAGGUGGAUUACAUCUUGUGCAGACGAUGUAAUCUGAAGGAGGUUACCAACUGUAAGGUAGUGGUAGGGGAGAGUGUGGCUAGACAGCAUAGGAUGGUGGUGUGUAAGAUGACUGGUGGUGGGGAGGAAGAUUAGGAAGAAAAAGGCAGAGAAGAGAACCAUGUGGUGGAAGCUGAGACAGGACGAGUGUUGUGUAGCUUUUCGGGAAGAGGUGAGACAGGCUCUCGGACGGGAGGAGCUCCCAGAAGACUGGACCACUGCAGCCAAGGUGAUCAGAGAGGCAGGCAGGAGAGUACUUGGUGUAUCUUCUGGAAGGAAGGUAGAGAAGGAGACUUGGUGGUGGAACCACACAGUACAGAAAAUCAUACAAGGAAAAAGGUUAGCUAAGAAGUGGGACACUGAGAGGACCGAGGAGAGGCGAAAGGAAUACAUUGAGAUGCGACACAGGGCAAAGGUAGAGGUAGCAAAGCCCAAACAAGAGGCAUAUGAUGACAUGUAUGGCAGGUUGGACUCUAAAGAAGGAGAAAAGGAUCUAUACAGGCUGGCCAGACAGAGGGAUAGAGAUGGGAAGGAUGUGCAGCAGGUUAGGAUAGAUACUUAAGGAUAGAGAUGGAAAUAUGUUGACUGGUGCCAGCAGUGUGCUAGCUAGAUGGAAAGAAUACUUCGAGGAGUUGAUGAAUGAGGAAAAUGAGAGAGAAGGGAGAGUAGAAGAGGCAAGUGUGGUGGACCAGGAUGUGGCAAUGAUUAGUAAGGGGGAAGUUAGAAAGGCAUUAAAGAGGAUAAAAAAUGGAAAGGCAGUUGGUCCUGAUGACAUUCCUGUGGAGGUAUGGAAGCAUCUAGGAGAGGUGGCUGUGGAGUUUUUGACCAGCUUGUUUAAUAAAAUUCUCGUGCGUGAGAAGAUGCCUGAGGAAUGGAGGAAAAGUGUACUGGUGCCCAUUUUUAAGAACAAAGGUGAUGUGCAGAGCUGUGGGAACUAUAGAGGAAUAAAGUUGAUGAGCCACACAAUGAAGUUAUGGGAAAGAGUAGUGGAGGCUAGACUCAGGACAGAAGUGAGUAUUUGCGAGCAACAGUAUGGUUUCAUGCCUAGAAAGAGUACCACAGAUGCAUUAUUUGCCUUGAGGAUGUUGAUGGAAAAGUACAGAGAAGGUCAGAAGGAGCUACAUUGUGUCUUUGUAGAUCUAGAGAAAGCCUAUGACAGAGUACCCAGAGAGGAACUGUGGUACUGCAUGCGGAAGUCUGGAGUGGCAGAGAAGUAUGUUAGAAUAAUACAGGACAUGUAGUGGUGAGGUGUGCUGUAGGUGUGACAGACGAAUUUAAGGUGGAGGUGGGACUGCAUCAGGGAUGAGCCCUGAGCCCCUUCCUGUUUGCAGUGGUGAUGGAUAGGCUGACAGAUGAGGUUAGAUUGGAAUCCCCGUGAACCAUGAUGUUUGCAGAUGACAUUGUGAUCUGCAGUGAAAGCAGGGAGCAGCUGGAGGAACAGUUAGAAAGAUGGAGGCAUGCACUGGAAAAAAGAGGAAUGAAGAUUAGCCGAAGUAAAACAGAAUAUAUGUGCAUGAAUGAGAGGGGUGGUGGGGGAAGAGUGAGACUACAGGGAGAAGAGAUAGCAAGGGUGGUGGACUUUAAAGACUUGGGGUCAACCGUCCAGAGCAAUGGCGAGUGUGGUCAGGAAGUGAAGAAACGGGUCCAAGCAGGUUGGAACGCGUGGAGGAAGGUGUCAGGUGUGUUUAUGUGACAGGAGAGUCUCUGCUAGGAUGAAGGGCAAAGUUUAUAAAACAGUGGUGAGCCCAGCCAUGAUGUACGGAUUAGAGACAGUGGCACUGAAGAGACAACAGGAAGCAGAGUUGGAGGUGGCGGAAAUGAAGAUAUUGAGGUUCGCUCUCAAGGUGACCAGGUUGGAUAAAAUAAGAAAUGAGCUCAUCCGAGGGACAGCCAAGGUUCGAUGUUUUGGAGACAAAGUUAGAGAGAGCAGGACCACGAUGGUUUGGACACGUCCAGAGGAGAAAUAGUGAGUAUAUUGGUAGAAGGAUGAUGAAGAUGGAGCUGCCAGGCAAGAGAGCUACAGGAAGACCAAAGAGAAGGUUGAUUGAUGUCGUGAGGGAAGACAUGAUGGCAGUUGGUGUUCGAGAGGAGGAUGCAGGAGAUAGGCUUACAUGGAAAAGGAUGACGCGCUGUGGCGACCCCUAACGGGACAAGCCGAAAGGAAAAGAAGUCAACUUUUUGGAUUGUUGUCCUACUGGAGAAACUAAGUGCGCUUCAGCUUGAGGUCACAGACUGUUGGCAGAAUAUUCUCCUUCAGGAUUUUCUGGUGGAGAGCAGAAGUCAAAGUUCCAUUAACCACACCAAGCCAUGCAGGUUUUGAAGAGCAAAGCCACUACCACCACCAUGUUUGACGGGCUUUUUCUGAAUUUACACUUUAGGCCAGAUGUUAGGACACACACCUUCCAAAAACAAUUAAUUCAAUUCAUCGCUGCCACCGUUGAUAUAGGCCUGUAUACAGUAUGUAUGCGUGCGUGCGUGCGUUCGACACUCAGCCUGCGGCGGAUGAACACUGGGAAAGUCCUCUAAUGAGGACUACGCUUUAAGGUCCAUGAAAUCCAAAAUAUUGGGGUGAUCUUUGUGAUAAUUUCAGAGGUUGAAGUGGGCAUAAGUAAAGAUGUCCAAGUAUAUUUUGGUGACAAUUGAUCAGUUUUCGGACAUUAAGCGGUGUCAAGCUUUUUCUAUAAGCAUAUAGGAAACUCUAACGUCAUAAAGUCCAAAAUAUUUGGACAAUUGUUCCAUUUUCAGAGGUUGAAAUGGGCAUAGGUAGGGAUGUCCAUAAAAAUGUUGGUGACUCAGUUUUGUGACUUUCAGCAGUGUUGAGCUUUUUCCAUAUGAGAAAAACCCUUGACAUCCAUAAAAUCCAAAAUAUUGGUGAGUUAAUUCUGAUAUUUUCAGAGGUGGACCUGGCCAUGAGUAGAGAUGUCCACAUAAAUUUUGGUGAAGACGGAUUGCAGUAUUUUUACAUUAAGCUACGUAAAGGAUUUUCGCAACAGUGAGCAUAUAUAGGAGUCGCCAACAGGUCUCCAUUGAGGUUUGAUUUCACUGUGACUCUUUGGCGACCUGGCUUGUCUCCAGGGGAUUCCAGGAGACAUCUCUGCAACCAGCAGAGAAUCUAGUUGCCGUCUGGUCUUCAACUAGUCUCCAGGCCAGUGAGAUAGGGGUAGCCAGUCGGAAAUCCCAAAAAGCCUUAUCUUUAACAUCCAGGUUGAUACAAUUAUGAAGAAUACAAAAAUACUUAAGACUUUACCUUCUUGCCUUGCAGCUUUUUCUCCUGACAACAGGUCGGCACGCAAGUGCCUCACCUUCUCGCAAAUGAUAGUCUCCGAAAUGUUAUCUUCAUGGCUUAUGCUCUCCACCAGAAAAUCCUGAAAGAGAUAUUGUCGGAAAUGCUAUCAAUAAUUUUUUGUUUAUCCAAACGAGCAACACCUUUUCCAUUUGGUCCAGAAGUUUCUCACGGUCCUUUCGAUGAUACACUAUAUUGCCAAAAGUAUUCUCUCAGUUGGCUUGACUCAGACAUGAAUUUAAGUGACAUCAUAGUCUUAAUACCCUAAUACCACCCUCUGCAGUUGUAACAGCUUAAAGUCUUCGAGAGAGGCUUUCCACAAGGUUUAGGAGUGUGUUUAUGGGAAUUUUUGACAAUUUUUCCAGAAGCACAUUAGCACGCUGAUGUUGGACGAGCAGGCCUGGCUCUCAGUCUUUUCAUUCAAAAGUCUUUU